AUGCCACCCUGCUGCCCUUCUUCUGAUGGAUCUUCACUUCAGUUCAGCGCAUGUACAGAAGAUGGCGUGUUUGGCGAGCUUGCCGGGGAGCACGAGGCGGACCGCGUUCUGCACGUCGCGGGAGGAAGAGCAGCCGGAGCCGACGAGAUACUGAAGCAACAGGCCAUCCUGGAAUCCAUCGAGGAUGAGGCGUAUGUGGAGGCCAACCGGGCGUUCCUCCGGCAGGAGCAGGCGGAGACCGAUGCGCUCUUCGCCGAACUCGACGCGGAGAUAGAGGAGGAGAAGGUUGGAGCGAAGCAGCAGGAGGCGCCAGAGGAGGAAGAGGUGCGGGUGCCGCCAAUGCUGCUGGAGCCGGGCACGGAGAUCGUCGACAUCUCCGACGACAAAAAUGUUGGACAGGGUGUGCAUGAAAGUCGAGGAGAGAUUGCCGUGAAAGUACUACAUAGCAGUUCAGGGCUAGAUAACAAGGAAUUUCACAAAGAGUUCAACAAUCUCAGGGGGCUCAAGCAUCAAAAUAUUGUGGAGUUAGUGGGCUUCUGCAAAGAAUCAGAGGAAGAGCUUGCAGAGUUUGAUGGAAAACAAGUUACCGCUACACGUAUACAUAUGGCUCUCUGCUUCGAGUAUGUACACAAGGGUAGCUUAAACAAGCUUAUUUCUAAUGAAAACACCGGAUUUAACUGGCCCACACGUUACAGAAUAAUCAAAGGGAUUUGCGAGGGUCUAAAAUAUCUUCGUGAGGGGUUGGAAUAUCCCAUAAUGCAUUCUGACUUGAAACCUGAUAAUAUAUUGCUAGAUAAGGAUAUGGUUCCAAAAAUCGCAGAUUUCGGUUUAUCAAGUCUCUUUGGUAAAGAAAAAAAAACAAUGAGUUCCAUCGCUCUUCAUUCCAAAAUGUUACAAUUUGUGCCAUACAUGGUGACAUGCAGUGGAUAUUGGCCACCGGAAUACGUAAAGCAUCAAAUAAUAUCAAAAGAGUUUGACAUAUUUAACUUGGGAGCUAUCAUUGUAAAGAUAAUGCCCGGACAUGAAGGCUAUAGUCGUGUUGUUGAGAUGACGACUCGGAAAUCUGUUACACUUGUACAUAAUAACUGGAGGAAAAAGAUACAUCAAAGUCACAAGCCACUAGUUGAUGUAUACUGCUGCCAGGUGAAGAGAUGCAUUGAGUUUAAUCAGGAUGACCUUGGAGAAUCCAUCCUGCGCUCCUCCAGGCCUUCUUCAGGGCACAAUGAAGCUAGCAGCUGGUCUACUCACAGGAAGAGCUGUUUACCCAUUCCAAAGCCCAAGGCUAUGACAUUCCAGGAGAUUGACCACAUCAUAGGUGGUGUCUCUGAAGAGCGAAUACUUGGCGAGGGUAGGAGUGGAAAGGUUUACAAGGGAAUCUGUGAGGAUGGACAAGUUCUUGCUGUGAAGGUUCUCAGUAGUAUGCCAGCAUUCGAGAACGUCCUUGAUCCUUUGCCGCAAAGUGAAUAUAUGCCGCCAGAAUUUGUUGAGAAACAAAUAGCGACAAAAUGGUAUGAUAUAUACAGCCUGGGUGUUGUAAUAAUAGAGAUCAUGACCGGGAAUAGGUAUAGUUUGGGAAGCCUUGAGAUGUCCUCUAAGGGGUUCAUUGAUCGGGUAUGUGUAAAUUGGAGGAAGAGGUUACAAAAAACAGUGAAGGGCACAUCAGUUGAAGGAUACUGCCAACAAGUUAAGAAAUGCCUGAAAAUAGCGUUCAAGUGCGUGGAGGCUAGUAGACACAAAAGACCCACCAUGGAGAAUAUCGUAAAUACUCUGAACAAAACAGAAACUUUGAUUCACAGUGAUUCACUGCUUGACACCGACCCACUGGAGCUUUGCUUCCUACCUUUCAUAAAGAAAAAGGCCAUGAGUUCCUGCUCGUUGAGGCUAGACAACAAGGGAAACGAUCCCGCCGCAUUCAUGAUUGUGGCCAACAGACCCAAGAUGUACUUGACAAAGAAGCCGAUCUGCAGCGUUGUGCCAUCAAGGUGUGCCUAUACCCUCACACUCACAAUAAUACCCAAUAAGCAGCAGCAUGUACUACCGCCGUCCUUGCCUUCGGAUAGCGGUGAAUUCUUCACGUUGUAUAGUGUCGAGUUGGGUGGAUACGACCUCCUCGAUGUUGACAAAGAUCACAUCACCGUCGAGUAUGAUACAGUGGUAUACAUUAUGGCACCGGUGCUAGAGGUGUUUGACCUCUAUGCCAUGGCCCAUACUGCCCUGUUCAAGAAUGCCAAGGCAAUCUCUGCGUCUGACCUUGAUAAUCGAAAGAACUUCACCAACAUCUCCUCCCACAAAAAGUUCGUGAGGUAUAGAGAUGUGGGAAAGGCGAGGAAAUGGGAGGACUUUAACCCGAGCGGGCCGUUUGAUUCGGAGCUGUCUGUUUUCCAGAAGACCGGUCAGAGCCCUCCACCAAUGCCAGAGAUUGCUCCGGGGACCACGCGUGCCUCGAGACAAGCAUCACAUGAUCCUUCUCCAGGUGGUGGUACUGGCAAGAGCAACGUCGAUUUCAUUCACUUGACGGAAGCUUCCAUGGAUGGAGUGUUUGGUUCCCCUUUCUGCUUUUCUUUUGUAUCGAUGAAUAUUGUGGAACUUGUUAUAUGGAUGUAUGGAACUAUAUAUUGGAUGAACAAUGUGGAACUAUUGUAA